UCGCCUGGGUUUCGGGACGCCCUAAUGAAACUCCGCCCCUGGAUAUGGGCGAACGAGCAAAGGGGGAAAAGGAAAAGGGUGGCCGCCUUGCGCCUGGGCUCUUGGCUUGUUGUCAGUUCGGGAGUCCCUCGCCUCCCUCUCUGCCGCUUCGUUCGGUCUGCUGAGCAGCCAGGCAGCCUCGCCGGAGACGAGGAAGAGGAGGUGGCGGCUGAAAGACAGAGAGGCGCUGGAACCUCUGCCGCCGCCGCCGCCACCCUCUUCUCCUUCUUCCUCCUCCUCCUCCCCCAGCGCCACGGCCCAGUAGGAGGGAGGUACCCGGAGGAACCAGCCAGCCCAGGGCCCUUUCCCGGGUAGGGGGAGACUUGCGGCCACAGCCCCACCAUGGCCACCAAGGCUCGGGUUAUGUAUGACUUUGCAGCUGAACCUGGAAACAAUGAACUGACAGUUAAUGAAGGAGAAAUCAUCACCAUUACCAAUCCGGAUAUAGGUGGAGGUUGGCUGGAAGGCAAAAACAGCAAAGGAGAUCGAGGACUAGUUCCAACAGAUUACGUUGAAAUUCUACAAGAAGGUGCCAAAGACAGAAUUUCAGUAGCUGAUCAAGCCUUUUUUGACUGCCUCUCCUCUAAUACUGCACAAACUAACACUGAAGAUGUGAAAAACAAUAGUCAAGCUACCAGUACAAAUGAUCCCUGGUCAAGCUGGGACAAUUCAACAGCUGCUGAUGGUUGGACAGCAAAACCUGAAUCUAAGCAGAAAAACAACUGGGAUGCAGCAGCAUUUGGUCAUCCACAGGCUUAUCAAGGUCCAGCAGCAAAUGAUGACGACGAUUGGGAUGAUGACUGGGAUGAUCCCAAAUCAACACCAGCACCUUAUCUUGGUUAUAAGGAGCCAGAGCCAUCAGACCCAGCAGGGCUUCAACGUGGGAAUAGUCGUGGAGGUGCUAUGAAAAUACCACUUAAUAAAUUUCCUGGAUUUGCAAAACCCGGAGUAGAGCAGUAUCUUUUGGCAAAGCAGCUAGUAAAACCCAAAGAGAAAAUUCCUGUAAUUAUUGGAGACUAUGGUCCAAUGUGGAUUUAUCCUACCUCUACCUUUGACUGUGUUGUGGCUGAUCCAAAAAAGGGUUCUAAAAUGUAUGGUCUGAAGAGCUACAUUGAAUAUCAGCUUACAUGUACAAACACGAAUCGAUCUGUCAACCACAGAUAUAAACACUUUGACUGGUUAUAUGAGCGUCUCUUGAUUAAGUUUGGAUCAGCCAUUCCAAUCCCAUCUCUUCCAGACAAACAAGUUACAGGACGUUUUGAGGAAGAAUUCAUCAAAAUGCGUAUGGAGAGACUACAAGCUUGGUUGACCAGAAUGUGUCGUCAUCCAGUUAUUUCAGAAAGUGAAGUUUUUCAGCAGUUUCUUAGUUUCCGUGAUGAAAAGGAAUGGAAAACAGGUAAAAGGAAGGCAGAAAAAGAUGAGAUUGUGGGUGUUAUGGUCUUUUCUACUAUGGAACCAGAAGCUCCUGACUUGGAUAUGAUAGAAAUUGAUCAGAAAUGUGACGCAGUUGGCAGGUUCACCAAAGCUAUGGAUGAUGGAGUUAAGGAGUUGCUGACAGUGGGCCAUGAACACUGGAAACGUUGUACCGGACCAUUACCCAAGGAAUAUCAGAAAAUAGGAAAAGCUUUGCAGAAUUUAGCACUGGUUUUCAGCACCAGUGGCUAUCAAGGGGAGACUGACCUCAAUGAAGCAAUAACAGAAGCAGGAAAAACAUAUGAAGAAAUUGCCACUCUUGUUGCAGAACAGCCAAAGAAAGACCUGCAUUUUCUGAUGGAAACCAAUCAUGAAUACAAAGGGUUUCUUGGUUGCUUCCCAGAUAUCAUUGGUGCUCACAAGGGAGCAAUUGAAAAAGUGAAGGAAAGUGAUAAACUAGUUGCUACCAGCAAAAUUACCCCACAGGACAAACAAAACAUGCUGAAGCGUGUAAGCACUAUGUCAUAUGCACUACAAGCCGAGAUGAAUCAUUUUCACAGUAACCGGAUUUAUGAUUACAAUAGCACAAUUCGCUUGUAUCUAGAGCAGCAAGCACAGUUCUAUGAAACGAUUGCACAAAAGCUGAGGCAGGCUCUCGGUCGUUUUCCAGUGACGUAGAUACAGAAAUGGAUAAUGAAGAAAACUCCAAAGUGCUUUUCUGAUUUGGGGGGUGCGGGGCAGUGCAAAUAGAAAAAUGUGUUCAUUUGCCAUCCAAAAAAGCCUUUUUAAAAUACAAGAUGCAAAAAAAAGUGAAAACUUCACGUUUACUUUUUGUUAGCCUAAAUGCCUUUGAUAUUUAUGUAUAUUUUAAUCAAUGCUUUCUCAUCCUAUCAGUUACCUAAGCAAAACUGGAAAGUGCUUCAUAUGGUAGGGAUUUAAAUAGUUGAAUGGCUUGUUGCCAGGGACUACAAAAACAUGCUUCGUCCUGAACUCUUUAUACUUUUGGCGGGGGUGGGGGAGAAUUCUGGGAAAGAAUCUGUAGAUAUAUAGCUGCUGUCUUAAAAACCGCAUUCAUCUAUCACAAUGUUGGAAUGUAAGAGUGUGCUAUUGAGAACAGAGGUCCAUCCUCUUGCUGGUAUAGCUGUGGCAUACAGUGUCUGUAAUGAAAUCGCUGAUACAUAUUUUCUCUCUCAAAAAGGCUUUUAAUAUCCUGUCCUUGUACCACAAAUGCCUCAAAAGUUGAAGUCUAGAUUAUUUUCCUUCCUGGCUAUAUGAAGAAGAGAAUUGACUAUAGAGAGCAAUUCCAAACAUCUGGAAAAUAUUCCAUCCUGUAAUUCUACCCUUUAUGUAAAACUUAGCCAUGCCCUUCUGUUACUUCCAAAUGGAAGCUCAUACUGUGUAUUGGGGGAAUUUCCCUUUGGUCCUUAACAAGUGUAUGGUAUCACUAGUGGCUUGUGUUUCAUCACUGCUGACAUAAUGGAAACAUAUUUUAAGGUCAUUUCUGGGUCCUUUUUAUAUCUGUUGAUCCAUCUUUUAAAACACUUAAUCCCUUAAUGGCUAAAAGUCUGUUUUCCAGAAGAAAAUUUAAAGAUAAUCUUCCACAUAUCUAACAAAACAUGGGCUAACAAGAAAUGGUUAUUUCAAAAUGGAAUGUUUGGGAAUAGGACAUGGGUGUCAGCCACUCUCUGUAUGUUAACAGUGUACCACUAGAGACUUGAAUGAUAAGAAAACUGGCCAGGCUGAAGAAAGGUAGACACAUUGCCACAACCACCUUGCCAAAUGCAACUUUCAAUAAAGCAAUCUUUUUCUGUAGAGAGAAGCAAGGCAAAUAAUAUACUGUUUUGCCCACCAAACUAUUCUACAUAUGAUGGGUACAUUCUGUAAGUUCUAAUUGCCAUUGUCAUUUGUGUUCUUGUGAUAAAUAAUAGAACAAUAAAGAGAAAUCUGUGUCUGGCUGGAAAAUAUGAUCAAUCGAUAUCUCUCGGGGGGGGGUGCGGGGGGAGAGAGAGAGAGAGAUCCUAAAAUGUAAACCCUGCUAGAUGCUCUUCAGUGUCACAUUUUCAGUUGUUUUUCUACACUUUUUCCUCUUAAUUUUGUUUUGUCUUCCAAAAUUCCAUAAAGUGUUAUAUUGAAAUAUAUGUACAAAUUGUAAAGAAUGUGUAUAAAUGUUUUACACCAAAUGUAAUAAGAUCUAUCUUGCAUGUAGAAGCAAUUUAUGAAAUGAUUGCAAAGUGUAUAGUAAAUUUUAAAAGCACUUUUUCACAGCACCACUUUUUCAGCUUUUGUAUAUUCACUUUUUGUGUCAAACUCUUUGUAACUGGCUUUUUGAGGAUUCAUUUUUACCAAACUUUGAGUUAAUCCUGAUGACACAGAAGUUGCGGUCUCAGCAUCUUUAACAGACAAACUGUUUGAAAAGAUAAGAAUGAAAGAGGCAGUUCACUGUGGAAAAGCCAUGUGUGUUGCAAAAUAAUUUGGAACAAGCAGAUCUGUAACUUUCUAGCAAAUCAAGUCCUUAAAUUGUUAAUAAAUAUUUAUACAAAUAUGA